UCAAAGGGAUAUAAAUUCUCUAAUAAAUAAAUAAAAAAGUAAACCCUUCCGGCGGAGAAGGGAGAGAGAGAGAGAGGGAGAGAUCGAAUGGGGAUAAUAAAGAGCUGCUUCUCGUUCAUGGUGGGAUCAGCUUUUGGGGUGUACUUGGCACAGAACUACAACGUUCCUAAUAUUCGGAAGCUCACAAACACUGGUAUCGUUGUCGCCAAGCACGUCGAAGAGAACUACCGUAAACCCAAAAAAGACGAUCCCCAAUGAUUUUGAUUUCUUCGUCCUAAGUACUAAGAUUGAAAUUUGAAGGUGAGCUGUAGAGAGAAGAAUGUGGAGGUGGUGUUGGUGCUAAGCAUAGAUUUGAUUUCACUAGCAAGUUCUGGAUCCCAUGGAAGUCCUCAGAGGCUUUACUAGUGGUCUUGCUUUCAUUCUUGUUUGAUUACUGACAGCUUUAGGAGAUUUUACUAAAUUCAUCAUUAAUGUAUAAAGAUGAUCUAAUAAUAACUUCCAUCCCAGCCAACAACAUACAUCUUUGUUACCUUGUCGAUGAUUAAAUGGUCAUUGUAUUAUUACUCCUUCUUCUUCUUCUUUACUCAAGAGAUUCACUGUUUUGAUUC